AUGUAUGACAAUGAAGCAGUUUCCAACGGAUCUGUGUGGGACAAAUCCGUCGUCUUCCCACGGAUGAGGACCUGUAUUGAUGCUCACUUUCAAGUUGACAGCAAUCCAGAUGGAGCUGAUUUGGAAAGGAUAGCAAGUAUCACGGGGCUGAGCAAACGGGUAACCCAGGUUUGGUUCCAGAACUCACGAGCUCGCCAGAAGAAAUUUCAAGGCAGUCGAAAAACGUGCGAUAUCAUCUCGCUCGAGAGUAUUCGGUCAACAGAAGGCCCUGCGAGUCCGAGUCAAAAAAGCGAAGCAAGCAGCGAUGGAAUCUUUCCCACUUCUGUUAUGACUAGGUGA